UGUGUGUGUGUAGGCAGCAGUCCAUACCCUGGUAUGCAGGUGGGUUCAGCGUUCUACAGGAUGAUCCAGGAAGGACACAGAAUGAACAGACCUGAUGUGGCUCCCAGAGAAAUUUAUGACAUGAUGUUGUCCUGUUGGAGUGAGGACCCUCUGAAGAGACCUUCCUUCAGGAAAGUAGUCGAGAGGACUGAACUACUACUGUCGGAACACACCAAGAAUGUGUACCUGAACCUGAGCUAUGGAGCUGUUCCUCCAGACCAGCAGAGGGCAGCGCCUCACAGACUGAGCUCAGUGAGCAGCACUACGGCCCCGACACAACCACUACUGCUGAAUACUGCUGAUGUGUUUGUGGACUACGACACUGUCUGAACAAUGGACGGACACACACACACACACACACACACACACACACACACCUACAAACUCAGCACCGGCAAUUUUGUGGACUAGGACACUAUCUGAAUAAUGGACACACACUCUCUUUGUAUUGAUUGGUGUGUGAUGCAUUUCAUGUAGUAUCUAACCUUUAUCUAACCUUUAUCUAACCUUUAUGUAACUAGGCAAGUCGGUUAAGAACAAAUUCUUAUUUACAAUGAUGACCCCCGGAUGGGCGCCGCCAUAUGGGACACAACACAAUAACCUCCACAUUCAUAUACACAAUAACCUCCACAUUCAUAAACACAAUAACCUCCACAUUCAUAAACACAAUAACCUCCACAUUCAUAAACACAAUAACCUCCACAUUCAUAAACACAAUAACCUCCACAUUCAUAAACACAAUAACCUCCACAUUCAUAAACACAAUAACCUCCACAUUCAUAAACACAAUA